UGCCAGUGCCCAUCAGUGCCACCUACCAGUGCCUCCUCAUCAGUGCCCAUCAGUGCCACCUAUCAUUGUCCAUCAGUGCAAGCUGUCAGUGCCCAUCACUGCAGCCUCAUUAGAGGCACAUCAGUGAAGGAGAAAAAUCACUUAUUUUCAAAAUUUUAUAACAAAAACUAAGAAAAAAACUUUUUUUUCAAAUUUUCAGUGGUUUUUUUGGGUUUUUUUAGCAAAAAAUAAAAAAACCAGAGGUGUUUAA